GAAAAUUCAACCGACGCGCUCAACGGAACCGGAAAUCAUCAACCAAAAACCUUCAUCCAUUCAUUUUCAUCAUAUCGUCUUUCCUCUCCAUCGCCCCUUACUCCCAAACCGCCCUUUUUUCAAAAUUUCAAAUUCUCUGUUACUUUUUCCAAACAUCAUAUUGGUCGGCGAUACUUUGCUCGUACUGCACAUGUUGAUCCACGAACCCCGAGCCGCCGUGGCUGUAAGUGGCGGCGCCAGAGGAGGAGGAGGAGGACUUGAUUGGACCGCCAAAAACUGGCUGCUGGACAGGUCCGCCGCCGGGUGUUUUAGUCACGAAAGCGAACCUGACUUAGCCGCUUUGGUUAGCGAUUUCCUGGAGAGUAGCAGCGCCGGAGCCGAGUCGUGGCUUAGCAGCGACGGAGAUUCUUGUUAUUACGAUCUUGCUGAUAAGAUUUUGAUGUACAAGCACUCAUGUGACCAGUUUGAAAGUGACUUGACAAUGGUGGUUCAUUCCUUGAUUCUCUCCAUGACUGAUACCUGCCAAUCAUGCAAGUCUGAGACUUGCAAUGCUAGCUGCAUCAGGUUUUGUCUCAUGAAGCUUCUGCAGUCUUCUGGCUAUGAUGCGGCAAUAUGCACAGCCAAGUGGCAGGGAUAUGGGAAAAUCCCAGGAGGCGAACACGAGUACAUAGAUGUGAUCUCCGAUCAAAAUGGCAAAUCAGAACGAUAUAUCAUUGACAUUGACUUCCGGAGCCACUUUGAAAUUGCAAGGGCUGUUAAAUCCUAUGCCAUAGCUUUGGAUUCUCUUCCGGCUGUUUAUGUGGGCACGACUGCGAGGCUCAAGCUGUUUCUCAGCACCAUGGUGGAAGCUGCUAAAGAUUCCCUCAAGCAAAACUCAAUGCCUCUUCCUCCAUGGAGGUCGCUUGCUUACUUGGAAACCAAGUGGGAAUCUCCCAGCCAGAGAGCAGUCAAUUUCAAUGGAGAAAGCAGCACCGGCAAUCCUUCUUGCUCUCAUCUGCAUUGCAGUGAGCUUUUAAGAAGGAUAAAAUUGAGUAUUGGGUGUAAUUCAAGGUGGAAGGAAUAGACAUUCCACUCCAUGAAACUGUUUUUUUUUUUUUUGAGGUGUAUGAGAUAACAUAAAUUUUGGCGGCAUUUACAUGGAUAUAGAAGCUUGAGAGGGUAGAAGUAUUCUUGAAAAUCUUGCUGGAAAUUUUUUUGAAAUGUGUAGAGUUUAUUCUUUGCUCAGGUCCUCAGGAUUGUGGCAAUAAGUUUGUUUUCUUGACUAUUCUUUAGCUACCAUUUCUUAACACAGUUACUACUCCUA